AUGGACUCCCCAUUUAGAGACAUCAACCAGCUCAGUGUGUUAUUCCCUCCUUCUUCAAAAGACUUCGAGAAUGAAGUCGAAAAGGAGGACACCGAGGCUGAUGAUGCCAAUAAAGAGGGGGAGGUUGCUGCUGGGGCCAUGUCCCUCACUUUGAAUGAGCAAUGGUUCUUUUCUGGUGGUGAACAAUGUGGAUUCUCCAACUUCCCCACAUUUGGAUUGAAAGCUUGGAAACAAUCGUGCGUACUUGAUCUUUAUGCUAUUAUCUUGAUUCAAGAAAAUGAGGAAUUUUUAGAUGUCAAUAAGACUCCAAAUUUAUUGAAAGACAUAGAGCUAAUGAAGGAGAACGAACUCUCAAUUUUCCUUUUCAAGAUUUUAAUGGAGCUCAGGUUUCUAAUAGUCUUGGAUGAUAUCUGCACCAAUGAUGACUGGCUCAAAUUUGUGCGUCCCUUUGCAGACGCCGUGAAUGGUAGUAGAGUCAUAAUCACUACUCGUGACUCUAAGGUCGUGUCGGAGGUAGAUCCGUGGAGUCAUCCUCUGAAUCUGAUGCAGUUAACAGAAGAGGAUACUUGGGCAUUGUUCUUGAACAAAGCGGUACCAGAAAAUAGUUCAGAGAAUAAUUUAAACAAUGUCAAGGCUGAAAUUCUGAGUUUAUGUCGCGGUUUGCCUAUGGCAAUUGUCUUGUUGGGAGGCCUGUUGUCGACUGUGGAAUUAAGCGAGUGGUCAACAAUCAUUGAUCAUCUCCUUGCUCGAGAUCAUCAUUUCUUAAAAUGUAUUGUUGAUUUGAGCUAUGAAAAAUUACUAUCUAGAUUGAAGCUUUGUUUUCUUUAUUUCGUUAUGUUUCCUAAAUCGUAUGAGAUUUCAACGCGGAGGUUAUUGCAGUUGUGGGUUGCUGAGCGGUUUGUUCAAACAUCGAAUGAACCAAGCAUCGACUCUCAAGAUAUGGCCAUGACAUGUUUGAAAGAACUAGAGCGAAGAAACAUGAUUGAAAUUGCGGAAAGGAAAUCAGACAGAAGCCCCAAGACAUGUCGUAUGUCGUGUUUCCUCUACAAUAUCUUCUUACCAAAAGCCGAGGACAUAGGAUUUCUUCACGUCCACCGUCUCAAUUCAGACUGCAUACUUGCAGAUUCACAUAUUAUUCGGAGGAUUGCAGGUCAGUUUUUUGGGGUUAAGUCUACUUCGGAAUCUCAUACUCAAAAUCUAUGCGGAGGAUUGCAGGUGUUUGAUCUAGAGGGUGUCUACAAACCUUCGCUACCCGAGAAACUCGGCCAGUAUUUGAAGAACCUAAGAUUGGUGAUUGAUUGCUCUAUUAUAUUGGAUGAGAUUCAUAGAGAAAGCUCAUCAGUUUGA